AUGAAAAAGCAAUAAAAGCAGUCAUAAUCAUAAAAAUAGAUUGCUCUAAAAUCUCAGAAGCAAGAAAAUCCAGUAUUAAAAUCAAAAAAAUCAUAAGACACUUUGAUGAUCAUAAAAAAAUAAAGCAUUAAAUUUGCUGAUGUUCCUUUGGAAAUUGAAGAUUAAAAAGAAUAAGCUAAAGUAGAAGAAACUCCGUAAAAAAAGGAUGACAGAAUUAAGGUAACAAAUAAUAGAAUAAAAGUAUCUGAUGCAUCUCAUUUAAUAGAGAGUAAAUAUGAUCUCAUUCUUGAUCAGAAAUCCUCUUAGAGACAAGUCUACUCAUUUGUUUAAGAUGCUGUAAAAGAAGUCUUCGACGGCAUUAACUCCACUAUUCUUGCUUACGGUUAAACCGGAUCUGGCAAGACUUACACAAUGUUUGGACCACUUUGGGAAGAGAAUGUUAUAUUUAACAAAAAAUAAUAAAGAUCAUAACUUCGAAAUAAUCUCAAAGAUUCUUCAUUUGCUCAUAAUUAAGACUAAGAGGGGAUUAUCCCAAGAUCAAUUAGAGAAAUCUUUAAUUUAACAAAACAGCAAUAGAACUUGUCAAAUACUAUUUACUGCUCAUUUAUUCAGAUAUACAAUGAGAAAAUAUUUGAUCUACUUCAAGAUGGGGAAGCCAAAAAUGCUUUGAAAAUAAGAGAAGAGGAAACAGGAAAUAUUUUUGUAGAGGGACUUUCUGAGUACAUUGUGCAAUCAGAAAAAGAUUGCUUCGCAUUACUUAGGAGAGGAGAAAUAAAUAGAAUAACAAGGUAAACCAAGAAAAAUAUGCUUAGCUCUAGAAGUCAUUCUAUUUUCUAAAUGCUUAUUGAAAAUGAAAAGCCUGAUGCUAGGGGAUUCAUUAAGAGAGCUAAAUUGAAUUUAUGCGAUCUAGCAGGUUCAGAAAAAAUUCAUGGGCUUUUAAAUGAUUAAAUAGAAAGUAAUGCGCAUUUAUCUGAAUUAAAGACUAUCAAUCUGUCUUUAACCACUUUAGGUAAAGUAAUAUCUGCUCUAUGUAAGGAAAGCAAAGCAAAUCGUAAGGCAGAGAUGAUUAAUGCCCCAAAAUUAUUGAAAAAGGGAGAUCAUCAUCUUAAUAAGAUUCAUAUACCAUAUAGAGAUUCUCAUUUGACAAGAAUACUUUAAGAUUCUUUAGGAGGAAAUACUAGAACAGUUUUGAUAGCAACUGUUUCCCCUAUUAUAGAUAAUAUAGAUGAAUCAAUAAGUACCUUAAAAUUUGCUGACAGAGCAAAGCAAGUAAUGACCAAUGUUAAAGUAAAUGAAAUAAAUGCUCAUGAUGAUGCUCUAGUACAAAAACUGCAAAAGGAAGUGUAAGCCUUAAGGGAGGUAUUAGCAAUUAGAAGAAAAGGGUAAAAUUCUGAUAUUCAAUCACAAUUUCUUCGAUUAAAAGAGGAAAAUCUUAAAUUGAAAGAAAUUGCAUAAAAUGUAGACAUGGUUGAAAAACUAAAAAUAGAAAACAAGCUCAUGAGACUUGAACUAUAAAGAUUGAAAGAUGGUAGUGAUUUCGGAAAUACAAUAAGGUCUACUGAUAUGUCAAUGGGAGAAAAUAUGUCAUAGUCUAGUAAAAUUAUACGCAAAAGUUAUAAUUCGAAUAAGAUUGACUCAAUGAUGGAUUUUCAAGAUAAUGAAUUACUUUCAAAUACCUAAGUUGAUGAUAAUGCUGUAAUGCAUGUUUAGCAAGAAAGAUAAAAGGAGGUGAAUAACUUAAUGGGAGCUCUUUAAAAAAGCGGUAGAUGUCCUAUCUGCACAUUAAUGCCACCGUGUAAUCAUUACAAGAGUUAGAAUGAGAUAAAUAGGCAAAAUAUUAAUGAAGAGAAUGAAGAGCAUGAUGAGAUGAAUUCAUAAGAGAGUCCUAUAAUUAAAAUUAAAGCCAAUAAGCAUGCUCGAAAUCAGCCACUAAAUCUCAAUACACAAAGCUUACCUACAUUGAAUGUUUAUCAAUCACAUUCAUUUUUGUCUCCUAAAGGAGAGUAAACUUAAAAUUAUGAUGAUAAUAUACAGCUUUCACAUUUCAGUCCUCAAAAUUCGAAGUAUGGCAUGUUUAAGACUAACAAAAGAACUCAAAAAAAUGCAUAUAACUAAAACAAUUUAAUGUUACCUGAAAUUAAUACCUCUAGUAGUAAAUAUAGUUAGUAAGUUGGUUAUGGUCCUGAUAAUUUCAGUUAAUAAAUUAGCUCACGAAACAAUAGUCAAUUUAAGAGUACAUUUAUAUAGCCUUUCAAUAGUGCAAAUAAUAAAAGCAAUGCUGUUACAACUUAACUGGAUGACGAAGAGGAAAAUGAUUAAAUGCUUAACAUUCGGAUUAGGGGAAAGAAUAACUAAUUCACAAAUUAGAAAUCCUCUGUGUAUAAUACGAUUUAAGAAUAGUAGUAAAGAAAUGUAUAGAUUCAAGAAAUUAUUAAAUAGUAAUUAAGGGUAAAAAAGUUGGAAAAAAUGCAAAAAGAAAGAGAGGAAAAAUCACUACAGAAAUUCGAAUUGGAAAUUUAGAAAAUAAAAUAAAAGUAUAAAUUUCAAAAAGAUAACUUAUGA